UUUUCUAUCUUUUGCUCUGUUCAUAAUUCUUACAGCAGUUGUUUCAGUCUAACAAAUCCAAUUUAUAAGUGAACUGAAUUGCCAAUUAAAAAGCAAGGAUUCUUUAAAAUAUUAUUCUCAAUAAAAGUCUUGUAAAAGUUAGUUCAGUGUCGAGACACAGUGUCUUUUGUUAAAAAUGAAAAUUGGCGGAGAAAAUUUGAUUUUUGCUUUUCUGUUUAUUUUAACAAGUCAGUUUGUAGUGCGCGGCGAUGUGACUCUGUACGAGACUUUGUGGAGUAGUGUUGAAUGUGACUGCGACCGCCUCUCAACCCUGGACGUGUCCGAGGUACAAGUCCACGUGUACAACUACGGCUCCCAGGGGGCUGAAGAUGCCUCCUACUUCCUCCACGAUGCAGCCGCCGCCAUCCUCUCCCGCCCAGACUUUGGCCCUCUCCAGUGCGUCGACAUCUUCGUCCAAGGAUUCAACAACACCAUCCACGACAACCGCGCCGAGACCGCUCGCUGUGUCCACUCACAGAUAACCUGCAAUGGACAGGGAACCAUGGGCAUCAUCGUUGACUCUUCAGCCUACACCAGCGGCGGAUCAGACUUAACUGACCUCCCAGUCACGUAUAAAAGAAGCGUGUUGUACUCCAAAUCGAUCGGCCAAGCUAUUGGGGAGUUCAUUGUGAAACUAUUGUCGAAAGUCAAAAUUGCUAACAUUAACAUCAGUGGGCAUGGCCUUGGAGCGCAUAUAAUGGGGUAUGCCGCUGAAGUAGUAAGGGACCAAGUGUAUCCUUUACCAGUGAUCUACGCCCUGGAUCCGACCGGCACUUGUUUUGAGGACUGUCCCUUUGAACAUCUUCGAUCUGGACAAGCCGACCUGGUGGUGACGACACACUGCACCACAGUCGUAGGGACUAAGAUAGAGGCGGCCGAUUUCGACUUCUAUGCCAACAACGGUGAGACUCAAAAUGGGUGUGCGCUGCUCAAAGACCCGUUUGGAGAAGAAUCAGUCAGUUGCAGCCACUACCAGUGCGUUCCUGUAGGGUUGUCUCCAGCGGUCGCCAGCAAUAUCUGGAAGGCCAAGAGUUGUGAUUCUUUUAACGAUUUUAUUGAAGGCAAUUGUGAUUUCCAUGAGAGCACUCUGGCGGGCUACCGCCGGCUUCCGACCAGCUCUCCGGGAAAAUACUAUUUUGUCACCCCUGUAGAUCCGAUAUGUGAAUUCCAAACAUAGAUAAUAUUUGCCUUUCAUUGGACUUUCAAAAAGUUAUUUUUAUUACAGUACCUCAGUGCCUUAUUUGUAUUUAUAUACUUUAUUAAGCAAAGUACUUAAUCAAGUUAAUAAUACUUUUAGGUUUAAAGUGAUUUAAAGAUUAUUAAAAUAUUUUAAAUAACUAUGUACGUUGGUUGUUU